AUGACCUUAUACCUCCUCCUUGGGAACUUGGGUGCUUCAGUAAUUGAGGUAGCAAAUGAUGCCAUUGUUGCAGAGAUCGGAAAACAACCUACUCCCUCUUCGAAGAACUCGGAAUCAUCUUCCUCAAGUGAGCUCCAGUCAUUCGUUUGGAUGGCCUCCUCAAUUGGUGGAGUCCUGGGUAACCUUCUAUGCGGUGUUGCCAUAGGCCGUAUCUCCCCACAGGCAAUGUUUCUUUUGUUUGGCAUUCUUCUCACCGUCCAAUUUUUCAUUACAAUAUUCAUCCACGAAAACUCCCUUGACCUCCCCAAGAGUUCAUCCAAGGUGGGUAUCAGAAAGCAACUUUCAGAGCUCCUAGUUGCACUAAAAAAACCAGAGAUCUCCCUUUCUAUGACCUGGUUUGCCGCAUCUUAUGCCAUAAUUCCAGCUUUGACAGGCACGAUGUUCUAUUAUCAAACACAAUACUUAAAUAUUGAAUCAUCAAUUUUGGGGAUAUCUAAGGUGUUGAGACAGGCGACAAUAUGUUUUGUUCGUGAAAGGGGUAUAUCGCAAGCACCUGAUUCACUAUAUGUUGUGGUUUUCUCAGGCUUUCUAGAGGUUUUGUACUUCUUUAAGAUUCUACCUUUCAGUGUUCUAAUGGCACAGCUCUGCCCACCAGGAUGCGAGGGUUCUGUAAUGGCAUUUCUGAUGUCUGCUAUUGCUCUUGCAUUUGUACUGAGUGGGUACCUUGGCAUUGCGCUUGCAUCAUAUGUUGGGGUGACAGGGAAUGAUUUUUCAGGCUUGCAAUGCGGCCUUCUAAUACAGGCGGCAUGCACAGUUUUGCCACUUUUUUGGUCAUCGUGUAUCCCAGAUGAUGUGGAACUCAGAAGCAAGAAGAAAGAAAACUAA